AAAGAGAGACCAUACUGUGAUGUGUGCCAGUUUAGAUCAACUACAAUCCUGUUAGACAUGAAAAAUCACCAGAGCAUAAGAUGGUUGUAAGUUAUAUCAACAAGAAGUGCUGUGACAUUGAGUUCACUAACAGAAAUAAAUAUGAAAUUCAUUUACUCUCUCUCAAGCAUCUUAAGAAUGUUUAUGAAAAGAAGCAAAAGAGUAUCUUGGAUAAGGGCGAAGAGAGACUUACAAUGAAGAAGGCUAUAGAUAUUUACAAGCAGUGUGACCAGGAUCUGAAAGAACUGAAAGAAAAAUAUCCUGAUCUUGAUCUCAACAAAGAGCUGCCUCCUUUUGACAAUACACCUAUUGGGUUAAAUCACAUCGUAAAGAAGAUUAACUAUUAUUGCAUAUGCUGCGAUCAGAAGUUCUUUGCCAAUGUAAACUUUGUUAAGCCCCACUGUCGUUCCUACAGCCAUUACUCAAACAUGGUAGAUUUUAUUUCUGAAAUUGAGAAAGAAAAUAAGAAGAGAAGAGAGUCUGAGGAGAAAGAGAAAAAGCAGGUUCCAAAAAAAGAAAUUGAGGAUAUUGAGAUAAAGAAGAGAGAGAGAGAAGAUGACAAAGAAGGGACAGAGGAAUCAUCAUCUAAGAAAGCAAAGACAGAUGAUAAAGAUGGUGACAGUAAGAAAAAGGAUGGUGAUGGGAAUGAAGAGGAAGAGGAUGCAGAAGAUCAUCAUGAUGAGAUUAUGAAAUGCAUGAAGUAGAAGAUGCUGAAAUGAAAGAGGACGAGGAGGAAGAAGCCUAUGAACAGGGGGAUUACGAAGAGGAACAUGAGGAAGAGCAUGAGGAAGAACAUGAAGAAGAGCAUGAAGAAGAGCAUGAAGAAGAGCCUGAGGAAGAACAUGAAGAAGAGCAAGAAGACGAGCAAGAAGAAAAUGAAGAGGAACAUGAAGAAGAGCAGGAUGAGGAGCAAGAACAUGAGGUAGAAGCAGAAG